AUGGAUGCUCUGACUGUGGAGAAGCAAAGAUCAUCCAAGCUGAACUUGGGUAUCCCGACGUUUGGACGCUCUUGGGAGUUGACUACUGAGAGCCCAAUCUCAGGAGUGCCCCCACUGUUAGCUGACGGAGCCGGAGAUGAAGGCACAUACUCCAAGAUCAAGGGCACCCUUGCCUACUACGAGACCUGCACUCGUGUCGUGAGCCCCACCAACGCUCGAGCCCCCUCCACCCUCCUGCGCAGAGUUACCGAUCCCACAAAGCGUCUUGGUACAUACGCCUACCGCCUGCCCCAGAAGGACAAAGAUGAGGAGGAAGGAUUCUGAUUGUCGUACGAGGAGCCUGAGACAGCUGCGUAAUACAAGGCAGCCUACGCUAAGGCCAAGGGGCUCGGUGGUGUUGUGUUGGUUGACCUGUCUCUGGACGACGCUCGCGGUGCCUGUGAUGGAACCAAAUUCCCCAUCCUGCGCAGUGCCAAGAUGAACUUGUAAUUUCUACAAUUUUUAUAACUUCUUAACUAUUUAUUGUGUACAUUUUUGAAUAAAGUUUUGUUUGAUUUUUCAUCUGA